AUGAGAAAACUUCUUUCAAUCAUUUUAGUAAUUUUUGUUGCGUCACAAAAGUGUUUGGCUAAUGACUCUCAUGAAAUCACUCACAAAGCAUAUUUUGACAUAUCUAUAAAUGGCAAUCCCAUAGGAAGAAUUGUAUUUGGAUUAUAUGGAAAAGUAGCUCCCAAAACAGUAGAAAAUUUUAUAAGUAUAUGUAAAGGUACUAUUGUAGAUGGUAGAAUGCUGAAUUAUACCAAUUCUAUAUUUCAUCGUAUAAUACCAAAUUUUAUGGCACAAGGUGGGGAUAUAACAAAUUUUAAUGGGACAGGUGGUUUAAGUAUAUAUGGAAAUACAUUCGAUGACGAAAAUUUUAUAGCAAAGCAUAGCAAAAGAGGAAUUUUAUCAAUGGCUAAUGCAGGAAAAAAUACUAAUGGUAGUCAGUUUUUUAUUACAUUUGUUAGAACUUCUCAUUUAGAUGGAAAACAUAUAGUUUUUGGUGAAGUAAUUGAAGGCCUUGAUAAAUUAGUUGCUAUCGAAGCUGCUGGUUCAGCUGAUGGAGAUCCAAUAAAAAGAGUUCUAGUAACGAAAUCAGGAGUAUUAUAA